UCCAGAAACUAGUGGCAGUUUGGGGCCCAGCCUCUCCUGUCGGCUCCUAAGUGCAUGCGUCCAGGCGGCCGGACACGAGACGCUGUCCUGGGUCCUGGACAUUUUCUCCCUCUGGACAUACGCGCUGCAGUUAUUUAUUUCUCAACAGAAGCAGCCCCACGCCAUGGACCUCGCUGGAUUGCUGAAGUCCCAGUUUCUCUGCCACCUCAUCUUCUGUUACGUAUUUAUUGCCUCGGGGCUAAUAAUAAACAGCAUUCAGCUCUGCACUCUCAUCCUCUGGCCCAUCAACAAGCAACUCUUCAGGAAGAUCAACUGCAGACUGUCCUACUGCAUCUCCAGCCAGUUGGUGAUGCUGCUGGAGUGGUGGUCAGGGACGGAGUGCACCCUCUACACAGACCCCCGAGACUAUCCCAAGUACGGAAAGGAAAGCGCCAUCGUGGUUCUGAACCACAAGUUUGAGAUUGACUUUCUCUGUGGCUGGACCUUGGCUGAACGAUUUGGGGUCUUACCGGCCUCCAAAGUUCUGGCCAAGAAGGAGCUGGCCUAUGUCCCCAUCAUCGGCUGGAUGUGGUACUUCCUGGAGAUGGUCUUCUGCAAGCGCAAGUGGGAGGAGGACCGCAAGACAGUCCUGAAGAGCCUGCUCAAUCUCCGUGAUUACCCUGAGAAGUUUUUUUUCCUGAUCCACUGCGAGGGCACUCGCUUCACGGAGAAGAAGCACCAGAUCAGCAUGCAGGUGGCCAAGGCCAAGGGGCUGCCUGGCCUCAAGUACCACCUACUGCCGCGCACUAAGGGCUUCGCCGUCACCGUGCGGAGUUUGAGAAAUGUAGUUUCAGCUGUAUAUGACUGUACACUCAAUUUCAGAAACAAUGAAAACCCAACACUGCUGGGAGUCCUAAAUGGAAAGAAAUACCAUUCGGAUUUAUAUGUGAGGCGGAUUCCCCUGGAAGAUGUCCCCGAGGACGAGGACAAGUGCGCCGCCUGGCUGCACAAGCUCUACCAGGAGAAGGACGCCUUCCAGGAGGAGUACCACCGGAGGGGCGUCUUCCCGGAGACCCCGAUGGCGCCGCCGCGGCGGCCCUGGACGCUGCUGAACUGGCUCUUCUGGGCCUCGCUGCUGCUCUACCCCUUCUUCCGCUUCCUCGUCAACAUGGUCAGCAGCGGGUCCUCCCUGACACUCGCCACCUUCGUCCUCGUCUUCUUCGUGGCGUCCAUGGGAGUGCGAUGGAUGAUCGGCGUGACGGAAAUCGACAAGGGCUCUGCCUAUGGCAACGCCGACAACAAGCAAAAACCGUGACUGAUAAGGCACCUGGCCUCCAGAGGGACCUUGGGGACUGGUGACUGCGCGUGAAUCUUCUUGUAGGGCGCGGUGACACGGCUGGGCCCGCCUCCGCCGGGAAGAAUGACGUCAGGACCUGAGCAGUCUGGUCUCAACCGGAGGGGAGCAAGAUGUGCAACACCUCUUGCCCCCGCUGCUUUCGUGGGUUUUGGUUUUCUUCCUUUUCCUGUGAGUGCGUGUGUGUGUGUGUGUGUGUGUCUGUGUGCACACGCUGUGGGAGUGAGUGUGUGCUGAGUAUGAGCCUUGUUUAGUGAAAAUCCAAAGGGAUUUAGGCCACAGGGGAGGGAGGGGAUGGGGAGUGAAGGGGAAGAGGGUUCCCUUUCAUCCUUGGUGCUGAGUUGUCUGUAACCCUUGACUGCCAGAGAGAGUGACAAGCGUGCUUUAGGUGAGACAAUGAAAUUACGCCUCCAGAAAAAUUAAAGUGUUUGUCUGGCUCAUCUGUGGUGUGACUGCCCCGUCCUUCCAUCCGUCCUUUCUCCACGUGUUUGGUGUCCUUGAUGGCGGUGACUGGCCAGUGCUCACAUGGAGAGCGGCCAGGUCGAUGGCAGGGAGCCCCUGAGGUGAGGGGGACCGUGUGUGCCAAUGGGGUGGGGGCAGCAGUAAUGACGACCCCCAGGCAACAAAGAUUUGGGAGACCGCCAGUGUCUGUGUAGGGGAAAAAAGGUUUGGGAGACUGGCUGAGCAUUUACAGGACGUGAGGAAGAGCUCUCGGAAGGCAGCUCAAACUGCCUCAGGCUUCACUUUUCCCAGACUUGCUGCAAUGGCUGUCUCCCCCACAUACGUCCUGACGAUGUGCCCAAGUCCCUGAAGAAAUGAAUCUUGAAAAUGAACACAAAAAAUGUACAAAGCAAGCCUUGCCAUUCUAUAACAAUCUGAGGAGUGACUUUACACCUGCUUUUCCCUCAGCAGUAAGAGCAGAAGUCGAUUUCUCCCAAGACAAAUGCAGUUUCCCUUUAUGAAGACACCGUGUGCUUUCCCCAGCAUGGUACCUCGCCUUCACCCACUGAGAUGCCCAGGUCCACAUCUACCGGAGCAAACAUCCACUGCAGGAGAAUGCUCUGGGCUCUAUUACUUCCAGGUUCCUAAACCACCGAGGAGUCCUGCACUUUAGAGUCUAGAGUGGCCUCUGCAUAAUAGCCAAUAUGGAGGAUUACUGCAGACUUGCUAGUCAUCAGAGGCCAAAUGCCAAAAAAGGGGGCAGCAAUACUCAGUAUUUUCAAAAGAGAACAAUUAAAUACCAGACACUGUCAUCUUAGGCCAAGAUGCCACAUCACUUAGCUUAACAGUAUCUUUAAUAACCAGAGUGGAGGAGAAGGCGUCUUCUCUCCCAUGC